UUGAGGCUUUACCCGAAACAUGCAGUUUCACCCUGCAAAAAACAACGAGGAAGGGAAUGUCCACGAUGUCAUUUCCACUUCUCAGACGUGUGUGUGUGUGGACUUUACACCAUGACCUGCUUCUUUUCCACCCAGGCAACUUUCUUUGUCUUAUCUAGAAACCACAUCAGACUCUGCCAACCAGACUGAGAGAAAGAAAGUGAAAAAGAGCGAGCGGUCGCUGGUGGCCAUGGCUCAGGGCUCUGACAGCAAUGACACCAGUUACAGGUCACCGUCACCUGGAGGGAGGCAGGGCUCCUCGGAUGACAUGAAGAAGGUCAUGAGGCGAGAGAAGAACCGCAUCGCCGCUCAGAAGAGCAGAAUGAGACAAACUCAGAAAGCCGACAGCCUCCACCUGGAGAGCGAGAACUUGGAGAAGGAGAACACGGCGCUGAGGAAGGAGGUGAAGCAGCUGACGGAGGAGGUGAAGUAUCUGUCCUCCGUGCUGAGCAGCCACGAGCCCCAGUGCGCGGGCCUGACCCCGGCCGGCCUCCUGUACCCGCCUCACCACCACGCCGCCUACCACCAGCACUGACCGCGGGCGCCCUCGAGAACUAUUUACAGAGCGGCUGCAACGUGGCCCGCACGACUAACAGAAGAAAUGACUUUUUUUUUGUGUUUGUUUGCAGUUUGUGAUGAUUCAAUUUGGACAGAGUAAGUCAAGUGGAUUGUGCCGCAGUACCUCAUGUUGUUGCUAGGGGUAACCAAACAUGUUUACAUUGCCAGGAGAAACUAAUCUGUGGCACAGGAUUGCUGUCCUAAAUUGUUUUUUUUUUUUUUUUUUGCUCACGUCCUGUUUGUUUCUGUCAGGUUCUUUUGUGUCGUCUGCUACCUAACCUUUCACAGCUCAGGAGAUUUGUAUUUUUGUAGGACCCAUUUUGAUUGUUUGACACAGCGAAUGUAAAGUUGAGCCAAAGUUUGAGGAAAGGAGAUAUUUAUUAAAUGUGAUGCCUUCA